UUUUACUUUUCUCUUUCCAAAAAAUUCCUGAAAUCUCCAGUGAAAUCUAUAACAUCCGCUUACCCUGUGCCUAUCAGAACAGGUCACCCCUAUACUACAAUAGCAACAUCUCUCUCCCCCAGCCAAACUUCCAUUUCUUGAUUUUCUAUUAAAGAAAAUAAAAAAACCCAUUGAGGAAAUGAAGUUUACAUUUCUUGCAUGGUUCUUCAUCUUCUUAUGUGGUCAUACCACAUCAAACAUGGCUUUUGAAGGCAAACCCACAUCAAAACAGGAAGAUUUCACUCUCUCAGAACCUGGUAAAUAUGGUCUAAAUGACACUGGGAAAUUGAAUGAAGAAGAUGAAAGAAAGGAAUACAAGGGAAACCAUGAACUUUUCCCCUCAAUCAAGGGACAGAAAGGGAAGGGAGCUUAUGGGGGUGCAAAUAUUGUUCACCGCCCACGCCCUGGUGAAAAAAAUGCAGCAAUAUUAACAGUAAAGCCUUCCUUCUUUGUGUCAGCCACCAUGUUGUAUGUGAGUUGGGCUUUGGUUCUCACGUCUCUCCCCAUUCUAAGUUAAAUUAGGCGCGAGGUCGAUGCUAAACUCUGAGUUCUCUCUUGGUGCCUAAUGGCAGAGUUUGGUGUAGCUCUUGGCAAGCAUAUGCUUGAACUACUUGAGCAUUUUGAUAUUGUUAAUGUCAAUCAUUUUUGUGG